GACUUCCGGAGUGAGGUGAGGUCCCCGGCGUUCCUUCCUACGUAAACACAGGCUGGGCCUGGAGGUUCGAGGGCAGUGAGCGGUGACAGUUGCUAGGCGGAGACCUUUCCGUGAAGAAAGAUUUAAGAAAGGAUCAGGACAGGCGGGAGAUAGUUAACUGAAAGGAGUCUGCGUCACUGCUGGAACCAAACCAGAUGCCUUCUUCCACUUCACCAGACCAAGGAGAUGACCUGGAGGCCUGUGUUUUAAGGUUUUCAGACCUGGAUUUGAAAGACACAAGUCUUAUCAAUCCCAGUAGCAGUAUCAAAGCAGAGUUAGAUGUCAGUACAAAGAAGAAAUACUCAUUUGCAAAGAAAAAGGCAUUUGCCCUUUUUGUCAAAACUAAAGAACUUCCUGCACCUCCUUCUGAGUAUAAAGAAAAGUGGUGGAAAUGCUGUCAGCAACUAUUCACAGACCAGACCAGCAUCCACAGACAUGUGGCAACACAACAUGCUGAUGAGAUUUACCAUGAGACUGCUUCUGUUUUAAAGCAGCUGACUGUGACAUCGAGCACCUCAAAGACUCUUAAGUCUGCAGACAAAAGAAACCCUUUCAAAGACCUUACCCAUAACCAUGAAGUGUCUGCUUGGCUCCCUGAUAUAAACUGCCUUCGCCCUGAUGAGCUGUUAAGUGGCCAGGGCAAUGGUGAAGGGGAGGUGCUACUUUAUUACUGCUACUGUGACCUGGAGGAUCCUGAUUGGAUCUGUGCCUGGCAGACAGCUCUGUGUCAGCACCUGCACCUCACGGGCAAGGUUCGAAUUGCUACAGAAGGAAUCAAUGGGACAGUGGGUGGAAGCAAAUUGGCCACCAGACUCUAUGUAGAAGUCAUGCUUUCCUGCCCAUUGUUUAAGGAUUAUCUGUGUAAGGACGAUUUUAAGACCAGCAAAGGAGGAGCUUGCUGUUUUCCAGAAUUGCGUGUUGGUGUGUUUGAAGAGAUUGUGCCCAUGGGGAUCAGUCCCAGUAAGAUCUCCUAUAAGAAGCCUGGAAUCCAUUUAUCUCCAGGUGAAUUUCAUAAAGAAGUAGAAAAGUUUCUGUCUCUGGCAAAUCAAGAAGAAAGUGAUAUUAUCCUACUGGACUGCAGAAACUUCUAUGAAAGCAAAAUAGGACGGUUCCAGGGCUGCUUAGCCCCAGACAUCAGGAAAUUCAGUUACUUCCCUAGCUAUGUUGAUGAAAAUCUAGAACUUUUCAAAGAGAAGAGGGUGCUGAUGUAUUGCACUGGGGGCAUCCGUUGUGAGCGGGGUUCAGCCUACCUCAAAGCCAAGGGAGUGUGCAAGGAAGUGUUCCAGCUCAAGGGUGGCAUCCACAAGUACUUGGAGGAGUUUCCUGAUGGUUUUUACAAAGGGAAGUUGUUUGUUUUUGAUGAGCGUUAUGCCUUAUCCUUCAACAGUGACAUAGUGUCAGAAUGUUCAUAUUGUGGGGCCCCAUGGGACCAGUAUAAACUGUGCUCCACUCCCCAGUGCCGCCAGCUCGUCUUGACCUGCCCUGCCUGCCAAGGACAAGGAUUCACAGCCUGUUGUGUCACGUGUCAAGACAAAGGGAGCAGGCAGGCUGCAAGCCCAGCCCAGAGCAGCUUUAAAGAGGAAUGCGAGUGUACAGCCCGACGGCUACGCGCACCCAGGGAGCUCUUACAGCAGGGGCGACUCCCUGCGAGCCUGGGGCCCAGGCCAGGUGAUGAUGAGGAUGGGCCAUGCUUACAUGAGCGGCCCCAUCUGCCUUUCCCCACGCCUUCACAGAGCUAGGUUUGGGGCGACCGUGUAUUGGAGAACGUUAGGGCUGUUCCAGCAGAGAAACAGGGAACCUUAGUGCUGCCAGAGCCACCAUGGCCAACUGGUCACCAUGUUGGUCACCUGUCCUUCACAAGGGGAGGGAAGAGGGAGUUGGCUGCUGACCUCUUACUGGAGACAUUCUGACUCAGAAGAUGCUAGAGCACAGAAAAAGGUGAGCUGUGUAGGAUCCCAAAGCUGCUGAGGGAGAGAGCCUU